UCAGUGUCGAGUCCGCGCGCUCACGGAAUGCUCACAUCUCGCGCGCCCACGGUGGAGACGCCAUUCUCUCUCUCUCUCUCUCUCUCUCUCUCUCUCUCUCUCUCUCUCUCUCUCUCUCUCUCUGACAGAACCGAGCUGCUGACAGGAAUUCCUCAGACAGACCGAAAUCACAAGAACGUUUUUCAUCGCUCCAGGACAGGUCCAGACACAUGGAGAAUCGAUGCUAAGGCACAUUGAAGCUGUUCUGGAGGCUUGUAGUGGCACGACAACUUACUAAGACACUGUUCCCCCAGUUAAAAUUCAUUCUAAACCAUGGAUCCGGUAAACUGCUCCUCAAUGGAGCUGUCUGAUGAUGUGGAUACUGGGACCAGUGGCAGUAAAAUUGCCCUCUGCCUGAUGCUCUCCGUCCUAGCUGUGGCCACCACGGUCAUCAAUUCACUGGUGAUAACAGCCAUUCUGGUCACUCGCAAGCUCCAUCAGCCAGCUAACUAUUUGAUUUGCUCGUUGGCCCUCACUGAUCUCCUGGUGGCCGCACUCGUAAUGCCAGUCAGCAUCGUCUACAUAGCGGAAGAGACGUGGGUGCUGGGGCCAGCCAUGUGCCACCUGUGGCUGGGCGUGGACGUUACCUGCUGCACCUGCUCCAUUCUGCACCUGGCUGCCAUCGCCCAUGACCGCUACCGUGCCAUCACAGACGCUGUGGCAUACUCGCAAAAACGCACAUCUCAGAGAGCAGCUGUGACCAUCGUAGUGGUCUGGGUGCUUUCUGUACUUGUCUCGCUCCCCCCUCUCAUGUGGAGGAAGAUGCCUGAAGAAAGCAGGCAACAUGGAAUCAUGGAGUGCAUGAUGGAGCACGACCAUGUCGCCUUUACUGUCUACUCAACUUUCGGCGCGUUUUACAUCCCGCUUGUCCUCAUACUGGUGCUCUACUACAAGAUCUACCGUGCGGCACAAACACUGCGCAACCGGCGAGGCAGCAGCCGACUGGUGAAGCAGACGGUCAAUAGUGUCAUUGUGAGUUCAGACAGGGAAGCUCCACCACUCAGUCCAGACACGCUCAGCCCCACCGAGAAAUCCUUUUCAGAGCCAUCGACAGAUGGAGAGCGUGUCAGGAUCACUCCCACCACGGGCAGGGUGUUCAAGAACCGACGGAAUCCCGCCGCCAGGGAGAGACGAGCAGCCCUCACUCUCGGCCUCAUUCUCGGGGCCUUUGUGAUCUGCUGGCUGCCUUUCUUUCUCAAAGAGGUCAUCGUGAACACAUGCCCUUCUUGCAGUACGUCGGCUCUGCUUGCAGACUUCCUCACCUGGCUGGGCUAUCUGAAUUCUCUCAUCAACCCACUUAUAUACACCAUCUUCAACGAGGACUUUAAAAAAGCCUUUCAGAAACUCAUCCCUUUGUGUUGUACCCAGUACAGGUGAACUGUACAAGACUGUUGAGAAGGGUAACAGACUUUACACAGUUAAAAUAAUGUUAAGAAUCAUCAAAUACUUAAUAUAAAACAUACACCAGUAGUUGGACAAUCUUUUUUUUAAAACCAAAACAGCAUAAAACUUUCUUGGAGCUUUGACCAAAACAAAUUUGAAUAAUGGAAAAUUGCAGUUGUUGCCUCAACAGUACACCAGUGACAGAAGAUAAUGGUUGCCACAUGUAUUGAGUAGACUGAAGAGGUGCCAAGAGACUUUAUGGCUAUUUCUGAGAUCACCUUUCUUUAGAUCUUUUUGUAAUAAGUUUAAAUCUUAAUUUCAGCCUCAACUCCCUUUCCUCCCCCAAGGCAAUUUUCAUGAUUUCAACAUUCUAUCAUAACCUGACAUGCUCCCUCUCACAAGUCAUUUUCCAAAGCUACUUGGAAUAUGCAACCAGGUUCACAUUCAAACAUAUUGGUACAAUGUGCAUGACAUUUCCAUUUUAGCUUAAUAAAACUGGCCAGUACUUCA